AUGGCACCGCUAGACAACCCAACCCCCGAAGAGCUAGAGCAACAACUCAAAGACACAAUCCAAGACCUCUACCAAAUCAUGGUCCAAGUAACAACCUACAACGCGACCCCCUCCAACCCAACCGGCCCAGCCCUCGCCGACUCCGUCACAGCCUUGUCGCAAUCCCUCCAGCGCGUCCACAUGACCGCCACAGCCGGCGCCCCACCCUCCCCGGACCUCCCCGGCGCGUUGCCCAAGAUCCCGCCCGAGCUGGUGCAGUACGUUGAGAACGGGCGGAACCCGGACAUCUACACGCGCGAGUUUGUCGAGCUUGUUCGGCGGGGCAAUCAGCUCAUGAAGGGGAAAAUGAGCGCGUUUGCGCAGUUUCGGGAUGUCCUUGCUGAUCACGUCGAGAGGGGGAUGCCCGAGUUGAGGGAGGAUGUUGGGCGGGUGCUUGAGGGGGCCAAGGUUGUUGGGAGCGGGAAGCCUGGCGGUGGUGGGUUGUGA